AUGCAGGAGCAGGGGUCUGUCCUCGGGGCCAUCGCAGACCUGGAGCUGCAGCUGGAGGAAUCCCAGAACAUUAUUGUUCGGGAGCAGACACGACUCACAGAGCUGGAGAAGCAGCUGCAGGAGACACAGCAGGAGGUGCAGGCCGCUCUGGAGGCUAGGAUCAGAAAAGUGAGCUGCCUGGAACUGAGUGCCCUGGAGGAGGUACGAGGGUACAGGGACCCCCCGGAGCCCGUCACCAUGGUGAUGGAUGCAGUGUGCCUGCUCUUCCACCACCCCCCGGGCUGGGACAGUGCUAAACACCUGCUCAGCCUCAACAGCUUCUUCCAGGAGCUGGAGUUCUUUGACCAUCGGCGCGUUUCCACACAGCAGUUGCAGGAGCUGGCCACACUGGUGCACAGUCCUGCGUUUGACCCAGAGGUGGUGGCCGAGGCGUCCCAGGCCUGUGCCCAGCUGUGCCACUGGGUGCUGGCUGUGUAUGAGUGCUGCAAGCUGCACCCGUAUGUGAAGUCCAGCCGCCGCAUUGAGACAGAGGCUGCAGCCGCUCUUAAGCACCUCCAGCUGGCCCGCAGGCUCAAGGAGGAGCAGAGCAGGCAGCUCAAAAUACUCACACACCAACUGGAAAGUGUGCGAGAGCAGCUCUGGCAGCAUACGGAGGAGCUCCUGCAGGCUGAGCGAGUGCACAGAGAGGCCACCUGCACUGUGGACGAGCUUGGCACAAGUGUGUCUGUGUGGAAAAGAGAUGUCCAGAGGGCAGUCACAGCCAUGGAGACCCUUCCUGGGGACACUCUGCUCACUGCAGCCAUCAUCUCAUACCUGGGCCCGUUUGGAGCGGACACCCGCUGUGAGCUGCUGGCAAAGUGGAGAGGACUGUGUAUGACAGGCCGCCUGUGCCCUGCCCCAGAGUGCUCUCAGUGUGGCUCUCUCGCUGCUCCUCUUGUGCCUGUAUCAUCCCUUCCACAUGGGCCACUGUGUCAGGCCCUGGGUGUGAGUGAGAGGCCACUCCAGGCAGAGGCCCUCUCAGACCUCCUGCUCUCUGUUCUGCUGAGCAGCUGCAGCCACAACUGUGUGCAACGCUGCCCUCUGCUGGUGGACCCUGAGCAUCGCUUAGACCCACACCAACCUCACAGCUGCUUCAGAGGAGACCACAUUAUGGCUUUGAAGGAUUUUGACGUUGAUCUUUGUGCGGAUGACCCACACUUACUGGACAAAUUAGAAGAGGCCGUGCGCACAGGAGCCCUGGUCUUUGUACGGGCCGCUGAGAGGAGCCCGUCCUGCCCACGCCUCCUCUCCAUAGUGUCUCAGGCCUACUUCAGUCUGACUUUCUACACAACGCUACCUGCUCACAUGCUGACCACUGAGAUGGCAGGGCCCCUCCUGUGCAGGCUCCAUGUGGUGGACCUGUCCCUCAGCACACUGGAGGUGGAAAGGUGCCUGCAGUCCCAGCUCUUGCCACCAGAUGGCAGACUUAUCCUGAGCCAACAGAAGAGACUGGAACAGAGCAGGCAACUCCUUAUAGAAAAGCUGAGUUCCAUUGAGCGGUGA